CUAGUUGCCGUUGACAUUUCUUAGCGCCCAAAGCUUAUUUGUGUGUGGGAAUGCCUGGCUAUACUGACGAACGGAUUAUUUAACGCGUCCGUAAAAAUGGCUAAAAUUGCGAAUCAAAAUUGCAAAUUACGAAAAUUGCACUGUUAAAUUAGUUACUUAUAAUUGGAAAACGUAUUCGAAAGUAUUGAAAACGAAAUAAAACGACGCGUACGCGUACCGUGAGAGUGUGUGAAGUUAAAGGCGGCUUGCCUAUAUAUAGAUACUUCUAUAUAUGCUGAAAGAAUUGCAAAUAGGUUAAAUAUUUAGUAUUCGUAAUGGGCAACCAACCCGGUAAACUGCAAACUGCACAGACUGGACGGCCCAAAAAGAAUGUGCAUUGGAAAUCUGCAGAACGGCCCUCUCCGCCGGGUCGGCCCAUACUGACACCUCUGGCGCUCUCCGAGCAGCAGCCCGAUGUGGUCAACCUACGUUGGGAUCGCCCGAUGCUGGACGGUGGCUCGCCCAUUAUCGGCUAUACGGUCGAGCAGCGACGCGUCGGCUCGCCGCAUUGGGUGCGUGCCACGCCCACGCCCAUCUCGGGCUGCGAGAUUCAGAUAAGCGGUCUGGAGCCGGGCUGGCGUUACGAGUUUCGCUGUUUUGCCGAGAACAUUGUCGGACGCUCGGACGCCAGCGAGCUGUCCGAUCCGCUGACCGUGACCCUGCAAAGGAAUGCGAUUAGUGUGCCACGCUUCAUUGAGGAGCUGGUGGACAUGGACGCCGUCGAGGACGAGCGCAUUGAGUUUCGUGUGCGCGUUUUGGGUGAGCCUCCGCCGGAGAUCAACUGGUUCAAGGAUGGCUACGAGAUCUUCAGCAGCCGCCGCACAAAGAUCGUCAACGAGCAGGACGUUAGUGUGCUAAUCAUACACCAGGUGGCGCUAACCGACGAGGGCGAGAUCAAGUGCUCGGCCACGAACCGUGCCGGGCACGUGGUGACCAAGAGCCGGCUACAGGUGCAGGCGCCGCCCAAGAUUCGUCUGCCGCGCACCUACGAGGAUGGCCUCAUCGUCGAGGCGGAGGAGGUGGUCCGUUUGAAGGUGGGCGUGGCCGGGCAGCCGCCACCGGCCAUCACCUGGUUGCACGAAGGCGAAGUCAUCGUGCCCGGCAAUCGUUUCGAGGUGACCAACACGGAGAAGAAUUCGCUGCUGAAGAUUGACAAUGUGCAGCGCUCGGAUCGGGGCGAGUAUAUGGUGCGUGCCUGGAACAAGCUGGGCGAGGAUAUCACCUCGUUUCUGGUCACGGUCACCGCCCGACCCAAUGCACCCGGCGCGCCACGUCUCAACAUGUCCUUCGGCAAGUCGGCGACGCUCUCCUGGACGGCGCCCCUAGACGAUGGCGGCUGCAAGAUUGGCAACUACAUUGUGGAGUACUUUCGCAUUGGCUGGAACGUCUGGCUGAAGGCGGCCACUACGCGCGCCCUGAGCACCACGCUGCACGACCUGAUCGAAGGCUCCGAGUACAAGUUCCGCGUCAAGGCCGAGAAUCCCUACGGGUUGAGUGAGCCCUCCCCGGAGUCGGAGCUGCUCUUUAUACCGGAUCCCAAGCGUGGCAUUACCAAGCCCAAGUCGGCGACCAGAAUCGCUGGCGACGAGCGGAAUGGCAACGGCGGGAAGGAUGCGGAUAAGGACAAGUCAAAGCCGGUGCCACCGCGUCGCAAGACGCUCUCACCACCACGUCCGCAUGCGGAUGCGGCGACCAGCAUGUCCGCUUCGCCCAAGCAGUCGCCGCGCGGCGCACGCAAGCCGACGCCGCAGCUGGUGGACAGCGAGCAGCUACGUCACGAGAUGUCCUACGGCACCUCUGACCAGGCGCUGAAAAUGAAUGUGCGUAAAAGCCCAUCGCUGAGCAGCGCCGACUCAACAGCAGUCCAGGCGCAGGCCAGCUCCAAUCCCAAGCUCAAUCUGACGCUGAUAACCACCACGGCUUUGGCGGAUAGGCAGGAGAAGCCAGCCAAGCCACCCAAAUCCCCGACAGCUGCUGCUCCUCGCAAGCUUUUCAAUCCCAAGCCCGUCGCUAACCCAAAGGAUAAGUCGCCGCAGAAGCCACAGCCGCUGCCGCAGCCACCAGUGGCACCUCUGGAGUCGUUGCAGGACGUGGCUCACCGUUUGCCUGCGCCGCUACGCAAGAGCCCGACGCCGCCAGAGCCCAUCAAGUCGACGCCCGCGCUGCAGCGCAGCGCCGAGCCCGUCCAGCUGGGCGUCAAUCAGAAUGUGAGACGCUACUCCGGGCACGCCCUGAGUCCGGCCAAGCAUGUGCCCGCCCUGGCCAUUGCCAUUGCCACAACAGCCAAUAUGGGCGAAAAGCUGCCCAAGAUCGAGAUCAGUGCCCCGCCGCCUCCGCCUCCGUCGGAGCCGCUUGAACCGGCCACGCCUACUUCGGAGCCGACGCCACCGGUGGCCAAGAUGCGUCCACAGAAGCCAGCGGACAGACACGACGAAGUCCACACGAGCAACGAGUUCAUGCUGGUGGUCUUCGACAAGAACAGCAAGGUCAAGGAUAAAGACAAGCAAGAUUCCUUUGAGCUGGAGCUGGAGGACGCCAUACAGCCGCCACCGAUCUCCAUAUCCGCGCCGGAUCUGGCCUUUCUGGAGUUUACCAACUUGCAUACGACCUUUCCGCUGCGCCGCUCGGUCAGCUCCACGGAGCUACUCUACGAGCGUGCCAUGGCCCGUUUUUACGAGGCCGUGGAACUGGAGCAGGCGGCCAAAAGCAAGGUGAAGACUGCGGCACAGGAGAAGGAGCAGGCGGCGCAGCCCGUCAGUGCCACGUUCCGAAAGCGUCUGGGCUCCAUGACGGAGGCGGAACGUGCCUCUUUCGAGCGCCGGAGCGAGCUGCGACGCCAGUCGGCGGACAUGGUACCCAUGGUUCGCAAGUGGGACUCCCGGGAGAACAUCAACAUUGUUGAUCUGAAGAACUUGACACGCGCUAAUACGGAGCGACUGCUCAACCUACAGGCGAGGGACGGCGACAGUCGGGAGGAGGAUCUAGAGGAGGAGGAGGAGCGCACAGAAAGCACAGCCGAGGAUAGCGAGCAAAUGGAUAUGGACAUGGAUGAUGAGCAGCAGCAGCAGGGCUACCAUCUUGGCUCGGACUACACCGAGAGCACGGCCACCUCCGACCAGGACUCCAUUGAGAAGUUCAAAAUGGAGCUCAUGGCACGCACACGCUCGCCCAGUCCGCGCGACCUUGAGACCUAUCAUCCGCGCAACAUGGGUGCCGGCACCUUUACGCCGUAUCGUGCUCCGACUCCGGAACAAGCGGCUGUGGUGCUCAACCGGCCAAUGCCGCUGCCCAGUCCGGACUUUGUGCCCAAGCCCAUACUGAAGCGCUCGUCCAACGAGCAUGUGGAGCAGUCCACCAGUCAGCCCAGCAGCCCAGAUCCGCAACAGGAGUCCGGAAAUGGUGCAGUCAUCACCAUUGCACCCCCCGUCGCCACCGCCCCCGUCGCCGCUCCAAGUGCGAGCAAUCUGAAACUGGAUCUGGCCAAGGGCAUCAAGUCAUUCUUCAGCCGGGAUAAACGCUCCGCCACCGAAAAGAACACCGAGGCCAAUGAGGAGAUCUCGAAUCCGCUGGAGAAGACCAAUGCGGCUGCCAUUGCGGUGGAGCUGGAGACGAAGCGCAAGGUCAAGGAGGAGGAGGAGCUGCGCCGCCAGGAGGAGGAGCGACUCAUGCAGGAGGAGGCGCACGCAGCCGUCGAUCACUAUAGCGAUCUGGUGCGCCAGGUGAGCAGCACCCACAAAUACCACAAGCCGCUCUACCUCGACCGGGAUGAGCUGAAACGCGCUGCUGCCCGGGCGGGCGAUAAGGACGACGACGACGACGACGACGAGGGCGCCGCAGCGGAGCAUCAACAGCGUCGGGCACGCAACGAUGACCAGGAGCAGCAGCAACUGCUGCUGGCGCCACCCGGCGCCAAUCGCGAGCGUCGUCUGUCCAUUUCGGAGCGCGAGCAGCUCGUGCAUGUGCGGGAUGCGGCCAGCAGUCAUGCCAUGCACAAAGCGCCUGAAACACCGCGGGAUCAGCCGGAGGAGGACGAUGACCGAGAGCCUGAAUACCCCACUGUGCUGGUGGUGCCGCCGCCGAAGUCCAAGAAUAAAAAAGAAGCCGAGGAGCGCAACGAGAGCGUCUUUAGCGAAAUAGUCGAGGCACGUCCGGAUGCACGUGGACGCACGCGCCUGGUGAAAGUCAAGCGUGUCAUUAAGCGGCGUGUGCCCUCCAGCACGCGUUCCCGCGAUGCCUCGUUGAGCAGGCCGCCGACCCUAGAGCACGGCUCGCAGGCGGCGUUGUUGCUGUCCGCUGCGGAUCGCGAGCUGCUGGAGAAGGCGGCCAGCUUGGCGCUGGUGCAGUCCCGCUCUGAAGAGCAGGCGCAUGAGAAGGUGCGCUCCGCACUGAGCUACGCCACGGAUCUGGUGCUCUUCCUGGUCGCCUGCUAUGUCUAUCUGUUCAAGGACGCACGCCUCGUCCUACCCAUACUGGCGCUCAUGAUCUAUCGCCAGCUGGGCGAGGCGCUGCGCGGCUAUGUGCCCAGCUGGCUGCGACGCAGGGGCAAUAAUGGAGGCGCCUAGCACGGACAAAGGUGGCCCUCCUCCUUCUUCCCCCCGUUCAUUUCAUGCGUUUAUUGGUUAAGUUAGCUCUUAUCAAUCCUUCGACUUGUACGCUCGUAUGUAUUUUAAGCUUAAGCCCCACAAGUUCGGAUCCAUAACGAACUUCUUAUGAAUAACCCCAUAUACGUAUACGCUCUUUCGAAUGGUAUAGCUGAUCGAUCUUAGUGAUAUGGCAGACAUAUAUAUACGUUAUAUAUGACGUUCAUGGCAAAAGCAACCAAGUUGUUGUUUCGUAUUUUGUCCGAUUGAAAAGGUUCGGAACCGAUCCAUUAAAGGAAGGAAGAGGAAGAAACACCUUAAUCGAUCUGUUCUCAGUCUUAUUCUUAAUCUACUUUUUAAUUAAUUGCAAUUAAUUAAAGUCUGUUGGUUCUAUUCUAAUAGGAAGUUUCUUGAAGGAAUAUAUAAUCCCAUAAUAGAUUGUCCAAUAAUUCUAUCCAAAUAAUCCCUGCCUAUUCAAUUAAUUGUUGUUCAUAUUGGUCUUUUUCUAUUUCUUCCAAUAUGAAGAUAUGUCUAUUCUAUUAUUUCGACUGAGCUAUUAGAGAUGAAGUCAUAUUAUUAUGAACUCGUAUAUUAUCUGCCAGCUGGGAAUCGGUUGGCUAUAUAUGAAUCAUUUGAUAUACUUAAGCAACCCUUUGUUAUGUGUUGUGGUCUAGGCCUAAUGCCAUAUUUUGUGUUUGUUUGCGGUUAAUUGUCGGUCUUUCUGGAUUUUUUCGGCUCAUUUACUUUUUACUUGAGAAAUAAAGCACACAAAAACAAUUA